AUGACCCCUGUGGAGGAUGCACUUCAGUAUGUGCCCAUAGAUUUUGAUCUCUCUGAGUGGGAUAACAUUCCCAGUAUUAUCACAAAGUUUUGUCUGAAUCUCAACCGCUACAUGAAGUCUACAAUUGAGUUCAUGGACUAAGAGUACUAAGAAAAGGUGAGGUUGUAACUUCCACAACGAAUAGAGAAUCUGCGAGUCAACACAGAGGUGCAAUUCUAACAGCAUGACAAAGAGCUGGAAGCUAUUCGUGAAAAUAUUAAAGUAAUUGAGGACCAAGUCAGCAAUAUCUUCUAGCGCUUUAUGGAGCAAGACGCUCAUCACUUCAGUCUUAGCCAGGAAACUAUGAAAAAGUAUAUUAAGCUGCCAGAAGUUGAACUCAAACUCGAAUCUCCUCACUUUGAAUAGUAUGCUCACGAAGAGAAUAAGAGUUUCAAAACUGAAAUGGAAAAGCCAAGAAUGUUCACUAUGCAUUAGAUAAAGGAAAUGGUAUACUUGCAUCUUAAUAGAAGCACUUUAAAGAAUGUACAGAAUCAGAACAGCAGUGAUAUAGCUAAGCAAAGGCAAAUGAUUUCAAGGCUGGACUAGGCAGAAGAAGAUGUGAAAAGACUUAUUGCUAUUAAUCAUAGGGAAUUUGAGGAAAACAAGAAGACAGUCGAGUAAGAUGAAACGGAGUUUAGAGCAAAGUCACAUUAGCAGUACACUGACCUUGUGAAUAAACUUGGACUGGUUAUCAAGGAAGUCAAGAACUUUACUGUGGUGGUUAAGCAAGGGGAAAAUUAGAUAGAAAUGAUGAAGGAAAAGGUUGAAAAGUUCAGAGUCCAAAUCAUGAAGUACCAGGAAGGACUUAAUUUUAGAUUUAAAGAAACUGAGAGAGCAUUUGAUUAAUCUGUUAAGAAAAAUGAAGAUGAAGUGAUGGAUCUACAGAACAAGAUAUAUGACCAGUUACAAGAGUAGGCAAUUAAAUUUGAUGAUAUCGUCUCAAAUAACAAGGAUCUUAGAGAGGAACUGACUGGGAUGCUUGAUACUUUAAUAUAAGACAUUGAAAGAAAAUUAGGAAGGCAAUCAAAUAAGACAGAUGGUUUCAGUUUAUAAGUUGAGAACAGAUUCUCAAAAUUGAAUCGAGAAGUCAAAAAGGUCUCUCAAAAUCUUUAUAAGUUAUAAAUCUAAGGUCCAGGCACUAUAGGUGCUAGUCAAAUGCAUAAUGAGCCUUAGAGUUCUGAGGCAUCUAAGAAAUUUUAAGCCAAAAUGUUCACACUCGAAUCAUAGAGUAAAGAGUAGGAGCUAGAAUAUAAGGCCAAUAUAAAGCAAUUAAAAAGUGCUUUUAAGUAGUUAUUGACUAGCUUAAGUUAAGCUACAAUUGUCAUAGAAUAAAAUGACAUAAUGAACCUUACUGGCAAAAUAAAAGGCUUCUCACCAUUUACAAGCAAAAACAGCAAGUAAAUUAAUCAUUAAAAUUAGGAUAGUAAGGUUAGCAAUACUCUAUACCUUCCCAGAUUAAAGGAUCAUUUAAAUGAAAGCUCCUUAUAGGUUAUUACUAGUCAGCCUUCUUAAGAGAUGGAUAGUGCUAAUAAUACAUAGACAACUCUUACAGGACCAAAUGGCACAGCUCCACUUCACAUAGACAGUCGAAAGAAUCUCAUAAAUGCAGGUGUGCAUGCUAAAACUCGCUAGAAUUCUAAUGAAAUGAUGACACACAUUAGCAUCUAGAGUGAUUAAAGACCCUUUGAUGUUCUCUUCUACAAGAGAUUAAACCAUAUCCAAAGAAUCCUUGAGGAAGAUGCAGUUGAAAUGGAGAAUGUAAAAAAUUACUUCCACAAGCUAAGUAAAUCGAUGAAUCCGAACUCAGAUCAAUCUCUAAUCAUUGAAAGUAUAACUAAACGGAGAGAUGAAGCUAGCAGUGUGCUGAAGAGCAUAGCUGAGAUUAGAAAAAGUCAUGAUAGAUCGUAGUUCAAAAAUAAGAGUGAGCUUAUAGUUGCAGAUAAUAGUGGGAAUAACAGUGGAUAGGAGGAUAAGAGCAAGUUGACUUUAAAUAUUUCAAAGAAGCAUGCAGAGAGUACAGUAAAGGAUAUAAAAAAGCCAGUCAAUGGACAAAAGAAGCAUGAACCAAUUUCAAUGGUUGAAGAUAUGAUAUAAAAUGCAUAGAAUCUGAAAACUAUUAGUUUAAAGAAUAUUCAGGAUAAGAAAUACAAAAAUGUAGUAGAUGACAGAAAUAAGAAGUAUAAGAACUUCUCAUUGUAGCCUUCUCCGAGGGCUGCUUCAAAGAUGGACAAUGUCACUUUAAGAGAUGAGAAUGGAAACAACACAUUUUUAACUAAUAUGUCCUCUAGACUCAAAAGUAAAGAUGAAAUGGUUGAUUUCGAUUCGGAAUGGAAGAUAGAGGAAAAGAUCCAGAACUAGAGAGAAUAAUUCCACAAGAGACUUCUUAAUCAUUCUAGCAAUGAGUGA